CCAGUCCUCAGCAUAAAUGAUCACCAGCCAUUUCGCGACAGCAAUCUUAACAAUAACAGAAAUGCCGGAACAACACAGCUAAUCAAACAACAUCCGAAAGAGAACCAGUGAAAAUCAGCUUAGCAAACUUUCCUCCACAUGCUUAACAUCAGGCUCCUUGAAUCCAGAGAUAAAUUGCAAACAUCCAUAGAUAUACCUGCACUUACCAGCAAUAUUUACUUGCUUUUCAUCCACAGGAUCCAAUUGGCACACAAAAUAGUGAGCAGAUGAUCUUAAUAGAGAGGCAUGGCACUAAGAGAGAACAAGCCUUUUAAUUCAAGAAAAAUAUGAAGUGAAUUGAUUUCUAGGCAUUCAAUUAUGUUUAAGCGUUUUAUUAUGUGUUUAAUUUUUAAUUAAUUGCAGAUAUACAUUCGCAGAUAAAAAAUGCCAAAGCAAUUCAGUGGGGAGGUUUGCAAUGUAUAAUUAUUGUUGAAUCAUACACCAGAUGAUUCGGCACUUUGGCCCAGCUUGUCUGUGCCGACCAAGUUGCCCGAACUAAGCUAGGCCCAUUGCUGUGGAGCUAACCCCAUUACAAAGAUGUUAUGCUUCAUUUGAAGCUGGUUUACAUGGAGACGUAUGACCCAGGAGACCUGCUCCCAGGUAAGAAUGGAUUUAAUGGGGAGAUGACCAACACUUGUCUCUGAUGUCUUAUUCAUAAUCACUCACGUGAAUCAGUGUAUUACAACUUGGAUUUUUGACAAGGGUGUCCAACACAUAGGGGAGAGUUGAAUUACUGAUCAUACAUGUGGAAUCAUUUGGUCAAGACUUUAAAAUAUUGAUCAAAGAAAAGCCUAAUUAACUUCUGAUUAUUUGACAGCUGCUACUUGAACAUUUGGAGUGUCUUGUGUCAAGACAUGAGCGGUCCCUGCGAAUGACUGUGGUGAAGCGGCAAUCUCAGUCUCCAUCAGGAGUGUCCAGUGAAGUUGAAGUUUUGAAGGCAUUGAAGUCAUUAUUUGAACAUCACAAAGCUUUGGAUGAAAAGGUUCGUGAGCGACUCCGUGUUUCUCUUGAGAGGGUAUCAACGCUGGAAGAACAGUUGUCUUCAGCCAACCAGGAGAUGACCGUACUGAGGCAACAGACCGCACACACACACAGGAAAACAGCAGCUGGUGAGGGUCCAGAAGAUUUGCAAAUCACCGAGAGCACAGAAGCUGCACUGAAGACAACGUGGAAGAGACUUUCAAAUGGUUCCAUUGAUCCCAAUGAUGAGAUUAGUCGGGUUGUGGAGAUGCAGGACUUGCUGGAGAAACAGAACUUUGAAGUGACGCAGAUGAAAGACCGUCUGUCUACAAUAUCAGCGCGGGUGGCUGAACUGGAAGAAGACCUGAAUACAGCCAGGAAGGAUCUGAUCAGAUCUGAAGAAAUGAACAACAAGUACCAAAGAGACAUCAGGGAGGCAAUGGCACAGAAGGAAGAUAUGGAGGAGAGGAUUACAACGCUUGAAAAGCGUUAUUUAGCUGCACAAAGAGAGUCCACAUCAGUGCACGAUCUUAACGAUAAACUUGAAAAUGAGCUUGUAAAUAAGGAUUCGCUGCACCGUCAGGCAGAGGAAAGACAUGGGAACAUCGAAGAACGUUUAAGACAACUGGAAAGCCAGCUCGAAGAGAAAAAUCAAGAGCUUUCACGGGAAACCUGA